AUGUCGUCUGAUUGCGAUGACGACAGAUUACUGAUAGAUGACCAUAAUGAUAUUUCUGUAAAUGAAGGAGAAACAGGGAACAAGACAACGUCAGAAAAAGAUGCAGCUAACGAAGUUGGUGAUGUUUCUCGAGAGGAAGGCGAACUUGUAGACGAAGAAAUGGAACAGUCUGAAAGUGAUCCGAACUCUAUGAAAACAAAAUCGGAAAAUCCCAAGAUUGAGAAACGUCCACCGACUCCUAAGCAGGAUGGGCCAACUCAAAAAAAAAUGCGUGUGAAAUCCACACCAUCUCCUCUCCCUCCUCCUCCCAUUCCUCCUAUUCUAAAACAUGAUAAAUCAACUUGUGUUCAAACUCGUGCUGUUCAAAAUGAAGCAGAUGAUAGCCCAUUCGAAAUGGAACCCGGAUCAUCUUUUACUGUUCAAAUGACUGUUGUUUGCCGUCUUGAAAAUGCUAACACUCUGUAUGUAACAACCAAAUGGAAAGAUCAGGAACUAUCUGGGGUUCUCACAGAUGGUGUUCCACCUGGAUUCCAAAACUUAAUGAAGAAAAGUGUUCUUAGAAGUCAGAACGGUACAAACUAUUCAAACUCGGGAGAAGGUGACAAGUCCGGUAAUCAAUCAACUCCUUCUAAGAAACGAGUUGGUCGAAAUUUUCAAAGUGAUAUUCGUAGAAGGUCUGCCCGACCUCAGGCAGAGAACAACAAUAGUAAUGAAGAUGGUGACGAAGAGGUCGAAUCGAACAACGAUUCACGUCCUUCAGCUACCAAUAGUUCUGUAGCCAUGACUGAAAUAGGAGAAAAUACAAAGCUUCAUGAAUGUCCUUAUGAUGGUUGUUUUUAUCGUUUCGAGAGAGGUACAGAAAUGGACUAUCACAUCAACAUUUUCCACAAAGUGAAAGCUGUCAUGCGCGAGUCCAUAUGUUGUCAAACUGAUAUAUCAGCUCUUAGAAGAGAAGAUGUAGCAACCGAAACAGAUCCCGUUCCUGAUGAACUCACAGAUUUACAAAAAGAUAGUAUAAAACAGUUAUUUAUGGCCGGAACUUCCAACACUAAGACCGAAGUGAAGGAAGAGCCCGGUAAACGAACCGGAUCUCCUUUUUCUGAUAUUUCUGAACCAGAUGAAUCUAUGCCCAAAAUAAUUACUCCGGAUUCUCCGUCAAACUUAAUUAAACCUGAAAAGGCUGAUGGCGCUCAUAGUAAUGGAGUUGCUACAGUCACGCCGUUGACAGGAAAUGCUUUACUGGAAGGACAGGUACAUUCCUCUGUAAAUUCUUUAAUGGGAGGAGUAAAUCCACUAUCAUCUAACGGAAUUUUCUCUUCUCCUUUGUCUUCAACUAAUCAUUUCCAAAAUUCAAGAUUACCUCAACAAGAACAUAAAAUUCAUCAAUUAAAACAAGAAGAUGCGAGUGGCUCGAAUACUAAUCUAGCCCCGAAGCCUUUAUCAUCCCCUGCUCAACCUAGACCCCAUUUCUCAUUACCUAUGGCUGGGCCCCAUUCUAAUCACCCGUUAAUGCAACCUUCUUUUAAUCCUCAAGCCGCGAUGCAAAUGCUUCACUUAUCGAUGGCACGGGGAUAUCCAAGUGCGACGAUGGGCACAGCGUGUACUCCUGACCAAUUAGCUCAAAUUGCUGCUUUUCAAGCGAAUCUCCCUGGAUCGUAUGGAAAUAUAUAUCCAAAAUGA